AUGGUAGCUAUGCGUAUGACCUACAAAGUAAAAUUAAUUUUGCUUGCAGAUUAUUUGUUACCCAGCUCGCUUCUAGCCCUGGAUUACGCCGAGGAUAACUCGGACUCAGAAGAACUGAAGCCUUUUCCAGACCAGAAAUUUAUCAUGAUAAAAAACAAAUAUCACUGUCAAGGUUGUCCAAGAAUUUUUAACUCCGAGUGCUCGGUGAAGCGGCAUCUGAAGGAGUGUGGAAUCGAGCCGCGGUAUCAGUGCGCUUACUGCCAGUACACGGGAAAAAGAAAGUUCCAAAUAACGCGACACACUAAAAUAAAACACAAGAACCAAAAUGUGGAAAUAAUUGAUUUAUUUGUGUAA